AUGACAUCGAACGAUGAAUUAACGAUAUCAGAAUUAUUUGAUUUUUCCUAUGAUCUUCAACAAAAACUUGAAACAAAUAAAAUCGAACAAAAACUCGAAACAUUCAACAUUGCAAUUGAACGUUUAAAACUUGCAGAAGACAAACUUGAUGAAUUACAUUUAUUUUCGGACAAUGAAGAAAUCAAUGAAGUAGCAUCCAAUGAAUUAAGGUAUUUUAUUCUGUAUGCUUUAAUUGGCUGGCUGUAUGAAUAUCGUUCAUCAAAUCGUGAACAACGAUUAGAUGAUAUUCAUUUAUCAAUAUCAUAUUUGGUUAAAUAUUUACAGUUGUGUAAAAACUAUGGGCUUGUUAAACACGUUCCAAUAGAAAAAGAUGAUGAUAAAGAAAGAUUUCGUUUACAUACCACUGAGGAUCGUCAAGCAAAAAUUCAAAAAAUAAAAGAAAAAAAAGCACUCGAACAAUCUAUUACAAAAUUACGUGAGAUGAUGCAAGAUAGUAAUCGUGUAGAUGAUGAAACAAAACGGCGACUAUAUUUGGAACAAAUAAGAUGGUGGAUUAAGCAAGCUGAAGAUGAUAUUUUUGAAUUGAAAGAUGAAAUCAAAUUACUUCAAUUUGCUAAAAACCCAAUACCACCGAUUAAUAAUUCAGCGACAGCAACCAAUAAAUUACCUAUUGAUGGACCAUUUACAUUGGUGACAACAAAAGAUCGACUGUACAAAGAAGCUGUUGGAGGAGCUGGCUAUCCGAGUAUACCAACGAUGACUGUACAAGAAUUUUAUGAUGAUCUUGCUAGAAGACAAGCUCAACAGCCAGCUCCACCUUCAAAACCAGCUCCACUAUCAGAUGAACAAUUAAACGAAGUAGAUGAUCCAGCACAUCGACAAAACGUUUGUCUAACGGAUGAAUUUAAAGACGAUAAUCCACGCGGUCAUGGAAAUCGUUAUAAUCGAAGUUGA